AAGCAAUCUCCACUGUGAAGUGAUACAAUCCAUAACCUUAAAUAAUUUCUUUCUAUUGCAGAUUGUUCUUGAAUACUGUGGUGGCGGUUCUCUCCACAACCUCAUCAGCAAGACCAAUGGCCAAUCCCUGAAGGAGACCUGGAUUGGCUAUGUCUGCAAGGAGGUUUUAAAGGGGCUGCACCACAUCCACAAGAACCGGGCCGUUCAUAGAGACAUCAAGAGCCUGAACAUCAUGCUCACAGAGACGGCCAAAGUCAAGAUCAUCGACUUUGGAAACAGCUGGGACCUGGACCCACAGACUGGAUUGUGCCAUGAAGCAGACGGGACUGCACACUGGAUGGCACCUGAGGCCAUAAGGCAGAAGGGCCAGCGCCUGGCAUACGACACCAAAUGUGACAUCUGGUCGCUGGGGAUAACCGCCAUCGAAAUGGCUGAGGGAAAACCACCUUACGCAGAUCAAUACCCGGUGGAACACCUGAUAAGAGAAGCUCAACCACCGAAGCUUCAAUCAAACAGAUGGUGAGUCUGUCUCAGCUCGAGUCACUGUACAUUGUACCUGUGCUUGCAGACAUGGAACUCCCCACAUUUUCUUAUUAACACUUGGGACAUUUGGCAACUCCUAUAUCCACUUAGCCGCUUCCACAGUCUGCCCUCACCAUGCCCC